GAUUUUUUAAAUAACUUAUCCAUCCUAGAAACUAAUUACACUACAAUUUAACCAUCUACUUGUGAUCACUCAGCUGAAAGCCUGCACCCCGAAUAUCCAAUCUCCCACUGACCCAUCCAUCAUGACAGAAGCUACCUCGCACCAGGCCUCCCUCAUAGACAAACCAUCAACUUCAAAUCAACCUCCCGAAUCGAAACAGGCCCAGUUGACAGAUCUUAUUGAAAGGGCUUCUGCUAAAGACGCCAUUAAAGACUACGAUGCGGCAGCAGAGCUUUACUCCCGGGCGACGGAGCUCCAAGCGGAGCUGAAUGGCGAAAUGUCUGUCGAGAACGCCGACUUGCUAUACUCCUACGGGAAAUCAUUAUACAAUCUUGCCGUGAGAAAAAGUGACGUCCUUGGUUCAAAAGUCGCCGGACAAGCAUCCAGUACGCCUAGGGACGGGACGCCUGGGGAUACUGUACCGAAAACUGGGAUUGGGCCGCCUAACGAGUCAAUCAUCGGCCGUGCGAUUGCGGAGGGUUCUACAGCCAAUGAGAAAGCUGCAGAAAGAAUAACUGAAGGUGCCAAACCGCCAUCAUCGUCAUUGUUUCAGUUUACAGGGGAUGGAGACUUUGAUUCGGAUUCAGAUGAUGAGAACGACGAUGAUGCUGGCGACAGAGCUCAACCGGAGGAAGAGGAGGAUGAAUUUGCGAAUGCGUUCGAAUUGUUAGACCUGUCGCGCAUACUUCUGCUCCGGAAACUGGAAAAUCUGGACUCAGAUAAUCAGGAAGAGGAGCGCAAUAUCAAGGAGCGACUUGCGGAUAUAUAUGAUUUGCAGGCUGAAAUAUGUUUGGAGGGUGAGAGGUUUGAAGACGCUGUUACCGAUUUAAGAGCUGCUUUGGAUUUGAAAACGAAACUUUUCCCAUUGGAGGACGCUAGCGUUGCCGAGUGUCAUUACAAACUCUCCCUGGCUUUGGAGUUCUCGUCAAUCGCUCCUGACGAGGAGGAUGGCCAAAAUACUACCGGGGAGAAGGUCACAAAAGUUGACAAGGAAAAGAGGGACGAAGCAGCGAAACAUAUGGAGACCGCGAUUCAGAGUUGCAAAUUAAGAAUAUCAAAGGAGCGACAGAAACUUGAAGACGUGACGGACGACGAUACUACUGACAAGAUGAAACGGAGCAUUGAUGAUGUUAAAGAUAUCGUUUCGGAUAUGGAGCAACGUCUUAUUGAACUUCGUCGACCUCCAGUGUCAAUAAAUGAACCUAGCGAAGAUUCUAAUGCCCUUAAUGGAAUCUUAAGCCAAGUACUAGGCCAAUCUUCAGCUACUGAUAAAACCUCCAUGUUGCAGGAGGCCAUGAAGGGUGCCACCGACCUUUCGUCAUUAGUCAGGAAGAAAAAAAGAACUCCAACAACAACAGCGGAAACUUCAGAUACGGCAGAGGCCUCCGGUAAGCGCCAGUUGGACCCAGAGGCCGAGACUGCGGACGAGCCGAGCCCUGGGAAAAGAGUUAGGCUAGAUGGUGAGAGUCCGGAGAAGUAAAUGGGUUUUGUUGUUUCUUUUCAUUUACGGCCGCGGGCCCCUAUACCAUCAAAAUUUCGACGUGUCUCUCGAUAUAUUAUUAUCGACUUAAUUUCGAACGCUUGAUGAAAUGAAUAAACCGUUAUACGAUACCCGGAAAUUCUGACCGAUAAAUAUUUAUGUGGCAAUUGAUACUAUCUGUUCGUAAGGAAACAAUGUAUUUUUAUUAAUUAAGAUGUAUGUAUUAAUUCUCUUUUUGAUGAUACUUAAGGCGCAUGCGGAUAGGAGAAGUUUUUCAAUUCAAAAAUGGAAACAACAACAUUGUGAGAAAAAUCAUCAGCGAGCCAGUCACUCCGUUAAUUAAGUUAGUUAAGAAAUCAAGAGUAUGGGUAUCGUUCGGUUAACUCCAGCAUUGUGGAAGCUGAAUAAGAGAGGGGAUAGCUUCGGGGGCGCCGGGAACUCCAACAAGAACAGAAACAGAUACAGAACAUGGCAGUAGGACAGAAGGAAAACCAAAGUGACGCAGAUAACAGUUCCAGCAAACCUGAAAGGACACAUGCAAACCAUGAACUCCCCCAUCCAUCACCUUUGCACCCUUGACCUAAUAAAACGGACGCCGGCCCAAAUCUCGAUCCCUCCUCCUCCGCGCCGCCAACCAGGGGUUCCACAUUCCCGAAAACAAAUCCUCACACUCCUCUUCAUCCUGGCUAUCAAACUCCACAUCAUUAUUCCCAUCCCCCGACGGCGACUUUUGCGGAUAAUAACAAACAUUACUACCAUCAUCACCACGACCAGUUGUAUCAUUAUUCUCCCAUGAAGAACAGACACUAAUCCUCUUCGUCUCCAAAAUGAAUUUCCCAACCUUGUAUUUCUGCGACUCCUCCUCCGCAGUCACAUACUUCCAGCCCAGCAGACUCCCGCAGAAACGGCAGGUGAUGUCACUAACCGUAUGCGCGCCCGUGACGAGCUGUCUCGGCAUCGGUUGCUGCGUCGCUGUGUUGGGGAGCGAGGUUCGGUGCUGCGAGGGGGUGGGGGCUGUGGAGAUUCCGUCUGCCGAUGGGUUGGCAGAGACGAGAUAGGCCCGUCCGUGCCGGCCCGUAAACCCCUUGCUGAUGAUCUGGGAUGUCAGACAUAGAUCUGCUGAGCAGCGGGAGCAGCGGAUGUAGGAUUUAUGGCCCUGCAGGAAGCCUGGUGUAUUAUUAUUAUUAUUAUUGACGGCGGCAUGAUCGCCGUCAUGCUCUGGCUCAUGCUCAUUGCAUUGAGAAGAUGGAUUUGAUGACUCUGAAAGCGAGCCUUUUGGGGUGGAUACGGUGGUUUCAUUUGAUUUCCAAAGGCGUCUGCCGAAAGGGAUGGAGGGGAGGAGGUACGUUGGGAAGAUGGAUGAUGAUGACAUCAUGUGUCUGUGAGGAUGGUUUUCUUCAAGCGAUCCUGUAGCUCUGUAGAUCCAUGUACUGCCUGACCAUGGAGAUGGCGCAGGAGAGAAAGACGGCCCGUGGUCAUCCAGAGGUCGAGGAGGCUUUACCGGUCACGAUUGUGAGUAGAGCUGUUUCUUACUACUACACAAACCUGGAUAAAUGGAUAAAUGGAUAAAUGGAGGAUCAAGCUCCCCGAUAAGGACUGAGGGCGAACUCAAUCCCCGCAGUUGGGCUGGAACGAGCCGCGGGUGAGUCAGCACGCUUAAGACACGUGAUUUAGAGCAAGGAUAGGAUAGGCGAACAGGAGCAAAAAGGAGCAAUUUAACCCAUAGCAUUGGCUAACAUUGUGUAACGCU